AUGGCAAUUGCCAGUAGGAGUGGUAAGAUGUUACUUAGCCCAUCUUUGGGAAAAUCUAUUGAUGGUGACGUAGUUAUUAGUGAAUCUAAAGAAAGCAGUCUAGUGAAGUCUGAGAAGUUGGAUAGUUCUGUUGAUGCUUCAGAUAAGGAAAAAGAGAAGGAAGAGGAAGAGGCAUCUGAACAUUUUGAACAUGAGCAGCAUGAGUCUGAACAUGCUGAAUCUAAAGAAGAGAAACAAGAAGGGUCUGAGGAGUCUGAGUCUGAGUCUGAGGGAACAGCAUCCGAAUCCCCAUCCACUGAACAACAAGAUGAUGAAGAUUCUAUAUCUCGGGGAACACUUAUCAAAUGUAACAACCCUAAAGUUCGAGAUAAUGCUAGAAGGCAAAUUCCCAAAGCAGAGGGCAUCUUCACAACUGGGCUUCGUAUAACUGAUAGAAGAAGAGAUAAAAGGCCGAUUCAAUAA